AUGAAUCACAAAACAACAAAGCCAAAGAAAGAUAUCUGGUAUCAAGUUGUUGGACGCGAAGUAAACUAUGUCGAACAACCUGCAGGUGGACAGUAUAUUCAACUUUGUAGAGCUAUCAAGGAAGCAGAAAAUCUCCAAGCCACUGCUAGUACUCUUAUUCUCGAAGCGAAGAAAGCUGACGAAAAUGAAUAUACUAUUCUGAAUUCCACUUUUUUUCAUAAUCAAUGUGAUAGUGACUUUAAUAAAUUGGUUGGUAAAUUCAGAAUUAAACAAAACAAUCCAAUAAAAGUGACACUUCCGGCGACAGAAAAUGAAGAGAUGCAAAGAUUGAGGAAUAAAAUUCAGGAAAUGGAUUCUAAAAUUAAAAGAAUGUCAAUACAUUCAGUUCAAGGAAUAAGUUCAGAAACAUUAUCAAGUCCAGCAGUUGCAACCUCUAGUACAUCAAAAACUCCAGCGCUCGUACCUAAAGAGAUAGAGGAAUUGUUAAUGAAAGCAAUAUCUCAUCAGAAGAAAACAGGAAUUCAAGGAGUAAUUAAACCUAAAUUAGAAACCUCUAUUAAAAAUUUAUCAGAUAAAGUCAUCACCCUUCGUCGCGGGGAGAGUAAAGUCUUAAGUUCAGAAACACCCAUUGAUGGAUUAUACAACACAGAAGAUCAAGCAUUGCAUGUUGCAGUUGUUGACACACUCCUUAUGAACUUAAUUGUGAAUGUACCCAGGAAGGAACUUCAUUUUGAUAAUCAACGUAUAGGUUCAACACUUGAUGAAGUCAUUGAGUUUAUCAAAAGCAAGGAGUCACUUGCACAACAUAUCGAUAACGAUACAAGUUUCCUAGGUAAUGACAAACAACCUCUGAACCAAGAUCAUCUAGCGACUGCACUAGAAUCUAGUACCCUCAACAUUACUUUAUCUAGUCCAGAUACCAUAGAUACUGGAUCCGAAAUGCAUAAGAAAAUUCUCAAGAAAUCAUUUGACGUAGAUUAUCAGGAUAAAAACGGAAUGAUUGGUAAAUUUAAAAUUUAUCUAAACAGUAAGCACAGAACUUGGAAAAAUGAUGUCCAGCAUUAUGUUCUGUAUACUACGAUAUUUCAAAGUUCUGGAUACGGGAAAUCACGGCUGGUUAAAGAAAUGGCUAGGCAGAUUCCCACAAUUUAUCUUUGUCUUCGGGAUACAAAUAGUACUGGAUAUCCUCCACGUACUAGUAUUGCCAUUCAAUGUUUCAAAGAGGAAUUAACAAAAUGUAAUAAUAAUUCUGAAACCUUGUGGAAUAAUCAGAUGGAUACAAAUUAUUAUAUGUUAGCUAGCUUCAUAACUAAUGAUAAUUCAAAUAAUAAUGUUUGCUUCCUUCUUUGUAUUGAUAAGGCUAGAACUCUUAUAUCACCAAUUAAUAAGCACAAAUUUUCACCAUUUAGAUUGUUUCGCAGAGCAUUGAAGAAUGUAAGGUGGCAUGGAUUUUUUGCCUUGCUUUUGGAUACAUUAAGCAGGAUAUCAAAUUUCGCACCUCCAAAAUCAAUUGAUCCAUCACACCGUGAUGUUGAAGACUUAUCUCUCGAAUUAUUUUAUCCAUAUUUCCGGCUAACCACAAUUGAUAGUUUUAGCUCUAAUAAUUAUGAGAAUGAGAAUGAUGAACGCAGAAAUUUGGCUAAAUAUGGUCGACCUUUAUACAUGUCAUACUUGUAA